ACUGUUUACAUAACUGUUAUCUACUUGAAGACAUUAAAUGCACCAUGUAAGAUUGAACUAUAAGGAGGAAUCAGUGGCAUCAGCCUCAGAAGUCUUAGAUCUCACUUUUCAGUGUAAUCCAGAUUUAAUCCUGACAACACAGGGAGGAUUUAAUUAGUGCACAUUAGCUUGACUGGUUUUGCUCAUGAAAAGGGGGCGAGCUGCACCAGGCUGGAUCCUGUCCCACCGGCAUGCUGAGGAGAGAAUGCAAACAGAAACCCUCCUGGCUGCUCACAUGAUGAGGGCAGAGCUCAGGAGGAGUGUGGGACAGCCAUGGGAAACAUCAUGAAGUUCAUUUGUCUGAUAUCACUGCAGCACUCCAGCUUCCCUUUGAUCGCUGUGUGAGGGGCGUCCACUUCUCUGAGACAUGUGGGUCCCGAACUGUUGCAUGCUGGGAGCGAGCUUGCUGCUGCUAUUGUGCCAGAUCGCCAUCAGUCAGCUCUGCAAGUCCCUCAUUACUAUGGUGGACGGGUUCCACACACUCUUCAUCCUCAUUCACACGGUGCUUCCUCUUCCUCAGACUACAAAUAUUAAACCGGCAUCGUCUACCUCUCCACCACAUGUCCCCCCUUGUGCAAAGUCACCAGUCAAGGCUCCACCUGAUGCCCAAACCACCAUCGGAGAGUCAGUUUUGUCAGAUCAGGGGAACCAGAAUGCUUCUCUUAUCAACACACACAUAUCUCACUCCCCCACAUCUUCUCCAACACCUACAAACUGCAGUCUGUCCUACGCCAACAGCAGGAUACAAACUGUGGGCAGGUUUGUUUCCUCUCUGCUCCUGGUGUCUCUGUGCAUCUCUUACUUCAUGGAAAUCAUCAGUUUUAUUCUGGACCCACACCCAGCGCAGCACCCCCUGCUGCCCGUGGUGAUCGGAGCUGUCAGUCUGCUCUAUAAGCUGACGGCGUUUGUGCUGAACUGGGCCCAGAGUGGCAGGAAAGCUGGUGCUGAACUCCACUUGGAAGUAAACCACGAAGUCUUGGCUGAGGAAGACUCCAGAAACACACAGGAGUCUGAAGAGAUCGUCCAAUCAGGAGAUCUUUCUGCUGUCCCCAGUGGAGCGCUGGUCCUCUGUAAUCCACUGACCUCCAGCAUUCAUGAUAGCGACUGUAAACCUUCACAGAAGCCACUAGAAAGCAUGUGUGAGGAGCAGAUCCCUUCAGCAGACUUAAAUAGAACUCAAAUCUUAUCUGUCUGUAAAUCAUCUCCUUGUUUGGACCCAACUGUAUCAAGAAGCUAUUGGCCAGUGUGCCACCUGCCCAUCAUCUUCAUCACUGAGGGACUCUUCACAUCUCUUCUGGCUCUGAUCAACAGCCUGGUGACUCUGCAGAGUUCUGGAGUCUGCAGCGUCCUGGUGUACCUGGAUCCCAGCCUCUCCCUGCUGGCUGUGAUCACAAUGAUUGCCACAAAUGUGCCACAGCUGUACAGGUUGGGGCUCCUGCUGCUCCAGGCUUCCCCUCAACACAUUUCUGUGACUGACCUGACUCGCAGAAUUUUGAGUGUUCCUGGAGUUCAGGCCGUGCACGACCUGCACAUCUGGCAGUUGAAUGAAAGGCUCGUGGUGGCUUCAGUCCAUGUGCACUGCUGCUCUGGCUUUCAAGUUCACAGGUGUGGUGACCUGUUGUCAGGAGUCUCAAAGGUGUUGAAAAGUAUUGGCGUGAGCUGCUGCACUGUUCAGCCAGAGUUCACUUCGUGUGCUGGAGCCUCCUCAAACAACCUGGGAGAUGCCUCCCCCAUCAUCCACAGAGACGACCCGUCCCCACGUGCCCUCCCUGCCUGCAGCCUUGCCUGUGGAAAAGCCUGUGCUGGGAGCAUGUGCUGCUCCCCUCCUGAAGAAGAGAUCCAGAGUAUGAGGAAGCCACCAACUGGGGAAACAAAUGAAGAGCCUUUAGCUCUGGUUCUGGAGAACACCUGCCUCUAGAUGUCAGAAGGAAGUUAUCCAUUCAAAUACUGUGAAAAAGUCUCUUAAUCCCAAAGUGCUACUUCAAAACAUUUAUUUUGCAAUACUAUCUGAUAUUCUAUAAUUGCUUGUGUGUAUGUUGCCUCAUUUGUAAGUUUAUCUGCACAACUGUACUAAACUAAAAUACAAUAAAAUUGACCUUAAAAGGGAAA